GAGCAGACUCGAAAGAGAGAUAAAGUUGCACAUCAAAAUGGUCGCCUUUCCUGUGUCUCACACCACCGGCCAUUGGGUUGACAAAACUGGUUCGCCAGAAGCCUUUUCUCUCUUAUCCCCUCUCGCCAUCUCUCUGGCCGCUGAGCCUCAUUAUGUGCCUCAACCACUUGCUGCUUGAGCACAACCUUGGUUCCAAGAUUACGAGACAACUUGAAGGUCCCCGUCGAAGCUUAUAGUAGCCGUUCGGUCAGAAUCAGCAAGGACAACCACGAACGACGGCAUCUUUGGACUCGGUUUUGACAUACACACACAGAGACAUAUACCGUAUACGGAUCCACAGACUUACAGACAUACAGACGCUGAUCGACAAGUGAGACACGCAGCCACCCUCCACAAUGGCUUCGCUGAAGAGGCUUCUCAACGAGGAGGACGAGGAGCUCCACUACCCUGACCUGUCGUCCGUGUCCUCCUAUGGCUCCAUCCCCUCUCCGUACCAGGCCGAACAAGAUUAUACCGGACACCAGCCGCGCCAGAUCCAGUUCCAGGGUCUGGACAUGUCCCAAGAAACAAACGGCUUAGAAAACCCCGCUUCCAUGAACGAAGACUACAACACGCUAUUUCCGUAUACUGAUAGCAGUCAACUCGAGCCCAUCAACUUCGGAGACCGGCCCGGCGCGGUGCCUUUUGAUUUCGGACAGGAGUUGCUGAUUUGGGGCCGGAACAUCAUCGCCGCAACCCCGGCAUCCCACACGUACAGCUCCCCCCAGCCGUCCCCUGGGUCAUCGCAAGACUCCCAACCCCUGACGCAUUCGCCUUGGCUCAUACCCGGCUGCAGUAGUAUCGCCGGCUCGGACACGUCUUUCUCUGCAGGAGAUGAUGAGACCGAAAUAGUUUGCUAUGGAAUGCUCUACAAUGUAGACGUCAAGUUGGUGGGGGACAUGGGCGUCUUCGACACCAAGAUCCGUGAUACCCACCAAAGAGAAUCGAUGCACGCGCCGCCCGGGCAGACGCCCUGCCAGCGCUUCACCCUCAGCGAGAACCGGGAUCACGUCGUCCUCGUCUUCAGAGACGACCCGGAUGCCACCGAGUUCGGAUACCUCCGCUCUGGCCCCGGCAAGACCCUCGCGAGGCUCCUGGCCCAAGAAGGCCUCGAGUUCGACUCCGUCGCCCAGACCACCACCCUCCGUGAGACCAUCGGCCGCGCCAAGAAGCCCGUCGAGGCCAUGGUCAAGGUCGACAUUAACAUCUACGGGCCGCGCAGCAGGGCCCAUGAGACCGGCAAGACGCUCUCCGAGGGCAAGCUGUACCUGCAGAUGCCGGACCACGCACGCAGCGGGCUCCCCUACGAAAACCCGCACAUGCUGCGCAUCAAGGAUGCCGAGCAUAUGGUCACGGAGGCCGCGAGGGGCGUCAACAGCCGCGCACCCACGGGGCGGCAGCCGCGCGAGGAGAGGUUGCGGGACAUGAUGCUAGAGGUCUACCAAUCGAUACAGAACAAGCGGCAUCUUCGCCGGGAAGACGGUGCCAAGGGGCUCAAGCACGAGCUGCAGGAGCACCAAAAACAGGCGCUUGCGUUUAUGCUCGAAAGGGAAUCCGGCCACAUCGUCGACUCGGCCUAUCGCCUCUGGCAACCCGUCGUGGAGGAAGGCCAGGAAUGGUUCCGCCACAAGAUCACAAACAUCAAACAGAAAACCCAGCCGGACGAGAAAGGCGGCGGUAUCCUGGCCGACGAGAUGGGCAUGGGCAAAUCUCUGUCUAUUCUCUCGUUGAUCGUGACUACCCUCCCGAACGGACAGGAAUGGGCCCAGCAGGAAGAGCAGAACAACGAAAAGAGCAGGGAGCUAUGCUGCUCCGGCUCGACCCUGGUGGUCGUGUCGUCUGCUCUUCUCAUCUAUGAGUGGAAUAACGAGAUCGCAAAGCAUGUGGAAGGAAAACUAAAUCAGAUCGUAUACCACGGCCCCAAACGUGAAAAGGACAUUGACAAGAUCAAGAACUCCAACAUAGUUGUGACCACAUACAACACCUUGGCGGCCGAAUACGACAAAAAGUCAUCACCCCUUCACAAGAUUGGAUGGUACCGAGUGGUACUUGACGAAGCCCACGUCAUCCGCCGCCCGGCCACGACAUUCUUCUCGUCUUGCAGAGCUCUUCACGCCAAAUCCCGCUGGUGUCUCACCGGCACCCCGAUCCAGAACAAGCUGGCCGACAUAGGCGCCCUUUUCGCUUUCAUCCGUGCGAAGCCCUUUGACGAGCCCGCCAUGUUCCGCAGAUACAUCGAGGUGCCCUUCGAGCAGCAUGGCGACCCCGAGAAGGUCAAAGACCGCCUCAUCAUGCUCCUCGACUCCCUCUGCCUGCGCCGCACCAAGGAGAUCUUGGAGCUCCCCGGUCUCGAGGAGCGCGUCAAGGAGCUCGAGUUCACGCCGGCCGAGCGCGAGCAGUACGACAAGACCAAGAAGAUACUCAUGCGGACCAUCAAGCAAAAGGUCGGCGAGGUCGAGAAGAGCUCCAAGUUCGGGCUGUUCCAAGCCAACCUGCAGCUGCGCAUCCUGUGCAACCACGGCACCUACCAGAAGCCCUUCUCCUGGUCCCGCAGGAGCUACCGAAUGAACCGGCUCGAGGAGCGCGAGGCCGCCGUCUCGGCGCUCGGCCAGAACGCCGAGAUCACCUGCAACGGCUGCAAACUGCCCAUGCCCAUCCUCGGGUCGAGCAGGCUGCGCAACGGGGCCGAAGAGCAGUGCCAGCACGUACUCUGCUCCGAGUGCCUCGACGAGUCCGACAUGUCAGCGCCCGGGUCGCGCACGCGACACUGCCCCAUGUGCAAGUUCGACGGGCCCUCAGCGUCGGGCGGCGAUGUUGCCAUGGCCGAUGCGCCCGCCAAGACGUCCGCGGACAAGGACGACGAGCUGUACUUUAACCAGGAGGGGUAUUCCACCAAGAUGGAUGCGCUGAUACGGGAUGUCGAGGAGGAUGUCUGGAAGACGAAGAGCAUCGUCUUUUCUUGCUGGACGAGAACGCUGCAUCUGGUUGGCAUGCACCUAGAGAGAGCCGGCGUCAGGUUCGCGAUGAUCGACGGCAACUGUCCCCUGUCGGAGAGACAAAAGAUGCUCGAGAAGUUCGCAAAGGAUGGUGACCUGCGGGUGCUCAUCAUGACAACCGGCACCGGGGCCUUUGGCCUCAAUCUCACUUGCGCCAACCGCGUCUUCAUCGUCGAGCUUCAGUGGAACCCCAGCGUCGAGAACCAGGCGAUCGCUCGCGCCAUCCGGUUCGGCCAGGACCAAAAGGUCCUCGUCACAAGAUAUGUCAUCAAGGGCACUGUCGAAGAGGUAUUUGUUCCACGGUCUACGUUUAUUGAAGGGUGUCUUUUUCUUUUUUUCCCCUCCCCCCGCUGACUGACUUGGUAUAGGAGAUGAGGUCGCAGCAAAACGUCAAGAAGAACCUUGCUGCGAUUGGCUUCGACGAGUAGGUUUACCACGCGGACGCGAUGGAUCAGUCGCACAGGUAGACUUGGGGAUGGAUGGAUUUGCACGAUUCACUUGGAGUUCAGGGACUGGGAGCGGUGGCUAUUUCGAAGGGGAAAAAGUUCGUCUACUAUGGCGGCAGCGUCGUCACGAUGCUGGCAUCCUCGUGUCACUAUUUGUUUGAAGUCCGGACUUUGGCUAGAUUUCCGUCACUUCUCUAAUACCCCAAUCGCAUCUUUUUUCUUUCUUUUUCUCUCUGCUUCAGAGACGACCCUCUAUGAGAUCUAGAGUCUGAGACGUGUCAAGCCUGCCGGACAACCUGAA